AUGGCUACUGCUAGAGACACGACCGUCUGCGAUUAUGACUAUAUGAAUGAUGCACAAAUUGAUGAUGAACUCAAAUGUAGUAUAUGUUCCGAACCAUUUCAAAAUCCUGUAACUAUUAAAUGCGAGCAUACAUUUUGUCAGCACUGCAUCGGAAAAUGGCUAGAAAUCCAUACUAGAUGUCCAACAUGUCGUGAAAAAGUAAUCAAUCACAAAGAUGACCGUAAAACACCUUCCUGGUCUCCAGUCACAACACAUGUUGUCAUUAAUCAACUCAAUCGACUUCAUAUUAGAUGUAAACACUGUCAGCAGAUCAACAUUGAACGUGGCAAUUUACUUGAUCAUCAAUCCAAGUGCACUAAGAUGUUGGUUCCGUGUCCAUCUGCACACAAUCUAUGUCCCUGGACAGGGCCACGAGAUAAACAAGCCGAUCAUAUAGCCAUAUGUUCAUUUCAUGAGCUUGAACCUAUUCUCAGUUCACUUCAAGUUCAACUCAACAAUUCCAUAGAGAGACAACAACAACUUCUUCUUGAACUCCAAAAACAGUCCUCUCUAAUUUCUUUUCUUUAUGCCUUUAUCAACAAAGGAAAUGUAAUGAAUACGAAGUGUCAAACUCAAACGUCAUCGAAAUCACAUGAGUGUGCAUUGGCUAGUCGAAAGGAUACUAAUAAGAAAAGGUUUCCAUGUGUUUUAUGUCGAAAACAGGUGUCAAAGGAUAAUGUGUCACUUCACACAUGUCCAUCCAAUAAUGAUAGUAAUUAUAUAUGCCGCAAUUGUUAUGACCAACAUUGUCACCUGAAAGACAAUAAAGACGAUGAAAAUGAAGAUGAUGAUGAAGAAGACGACGAUGCUGAUUAG